GCGAUAACAUCUUGCGACAGCGAGCGUUGCGAAGCUGCUCAAGAAAUUUCGUGAAAAAACGGGAAAAAUGUCGUAAAUAAUUGAUAAAUUAUUGUGCAAAGUGUUAAUAAGUGAUCUGUGCAGUGCUGAGAUAUGAAAUUUGCACGGCUAAAUACCUAAAAAUGUAAAAUGAAAUGCUGCAAACCUGAUUUCUGAAGACUCGGGCUUUUUUUCAUCGUCGUAAAAUACAUACAGACAUACUCUCCGCACUCACACAUACACAUACGUAUGUCGAUAUAUAUAUAACGCGCGGGCGCGAGAGUGUACAAGAGCGAGAGAGCGAGUGUCAUUUGUGAGCGUGAUUGUGUGCGUGUGUGUAUGUUGUUUUGUAUGUUGUCUUCUUUCGGUGAGCGAGAGUGAGAGAAAGAGAGCACAACAAGCGCGCGCCAAGCAGGCGAAUGCGAGAGCAAAGCAAAAACCAACAAAUAAGUGAACGAAAAUAAAAACGAAAAAUACCGAAUAUACAUAUUGAACAAAUCGUGUUUUCGUGUCUUGCGUGUGUUGUAAUUGUUGCCAAAAUAUGUUAAACACAUGAAAUUGUCAACGUCCCUUCACCUGUUCGGCCCCCAACAAGUUGGAUAUACUACGUAUUGCAAAUAGUCAUCGAAAAAGAUUCAAGAAAAUCAAGCCAAGACAAAAUUCGCCACAACAACAACAACAACAACAAGACUACUGUUAAAAGCCGAUGCGCAAAAAGUGUGCUAGGAAAUUGUUGUUGUGAGUGUGUGUGUGUACGAAUAGUAUUUAAUGAUGAUGAUGAUGAUGAUGUAGUUGAUGCGGCACAUCAUCAUCGUAAUAAUGAUAACGAUGAUAAUGAUGAACAUACAAAUGAUGUUGCUGUUGAUGAGGCAGCCACAACAACAACUACAACAACAGCAGCAAACAGUGCCACUACAACAACAACCAUAGUUGAGCAACGUGCCGCGAAAGUACAGCAAUGUGGAAAAUUGUAAAUACGACGAGCAAAAACUCAAAACGCAGAAAAACUAAACGCGCAAAAAGAAGAAUUUUCAUUCUCGACUUGCCAUAAAAAAAAAACAACAACAAACGCAAAAACGCAAAAACAAAAACCGACGAAACACACACAAAAUACAAACGCUGCUGUCGUAAACUGGGCAGAGUCAUAAAGGAAAACCCACCACUUAGCUACAUGCCAAGGGUAGUGUGGGCCAUAACAGCACCAACAACAACAACUACAACAAAAACCAGUAGCAGCAGCAACAUCAAACAGCAAGCAAGGAAACUUAGUGGCAAACGCAACGAAUUGCAAAUGCAAAUGCGAAUAAAAAGUGUGGCAGCAAGUGCGUGUUUAUUAUGGGCCGCUCCAAGUUCCCCGGGAAACCAUCCAAGUCGAUUAAUCGCAAGCGGAUAAGUGUGCUGCAACUUGAGGAUGAUUCUGCGGUGGGCGGCGGUGCAACGGCAGCCACAGCAGCCGCUGCAACAGAGCAACAACAGCAACAACAACAGCAGCAGCAGCAAAGUGAACAGAGCGCUGGCUCUGGUUCAACGCGGGAGAAGAGCAACAAUUGUGAUAACGAUGAUGAUGAUAAUGCGCCAACUGGCGGUACACUUGCCACAAGUGGCAACAAUAGUGCAACAGCCGCCAGCAGCAGCAAUGUGGGCGAUUCUAACAACAGCAGCAACACCGGCAAUGGCAGCACAACAAAUGGUGGCAGUGUAAACGGUGGCAGCAAUGACAAAGGCAGCAGCAGCAGCCAUCAACACAGCAGGAGUACAGCGGCAGGGGGUGGCACAGAGGUCAAGGAAUGCAAAAAUCAAGGCAACAACACAAGCCACAAUAUCGAAGUGAAUGCCGCGGGACAUGCUGCGUCUGCUUCAGCCUCAACUUCAACUUCUACUUCUGCUGUUGAUGUCGCCGAGGACACAAACAACGAUGACGACGAUGACAGCAGCAAUGACAAGAAGCCAGCAGCAGCAACAUCAACGUCGUCGUCGUCGACGGCGGCAGCAGUUGCCGCCUUUGCCUCGUUGCAACGUGCACGCAAAGGAGGCAAUAAAAAAUUCAAAAACUUGAAUCUGGCCAGAGCUGAGGUGAUGUUGCCCUCAACGUCGAAACUCAAGCAGCAGCAACAGCAACAACAACAAUUGCAACUUAAUUGCCCUUCAUCAUCAACUUCUCCUACGUCAACAACAACAACAACAACAACUGAAGCAGCAACACCAACAACAGCGACUGCGAUUCAAACAGGGAAUGGGAUUGGGACGCCUGCGUCGUCGUCGUCGUCGUCGCCAAUAGUGACGGCUGCGAGUGCAGCAGGAGGGGGCGGGGGAGGUGCAGCUGCAAACCCCUUUGCCACAGUUGAAGCAAAAGUGGUCGAUGCAGCCGCAGCAACGGUUGCUGCUGCUGUUGCAGCAAAGGGCGACGAAGACGUUGCAAUGUUGAUGGCUUCCAACGAACAAAUGACCAAUGAGGCGGCAACGGAAGCCCUCACCACAAACACCAGCAGCAACAACAGCGUUAACAACAAAUCGAGCGAAUGCACUUCAAAUGGCACUGGGGCUUCCACAAGUGCCGCAGGGGCGCCAUCAGCGUCCAAUGCGGCAACUGCGUCAUCAACUUCAUCAGCAGCAACAACAACAGCAGGAGGAGCUGCGACGUCUUCAACAUCGACACAGAAGCAAAAGAAAACGGUCACCUUCAAGAACAUACUCGAGACGAGCGAUGACAAGUCGGUGGUGAAGCGUUUCUACAAUCCCGACAACCGUGUGCCCCUCGUCUCCAUCAUGAAGAAGGACAGCCUGAAUCGUCCGCUGGCUUAUUGCCGCGGCAGCGAGUUCAUUGUGCGUCCCUCGAUUCUAUCCAAGAUACUCAACAAGAACUCCAACAUCGAUAAGCUCAAUUCGCUCAAGUUUCGCUCGGUGCCACACAGCAGGAACAGUGCCACAAACGAUCCAGCAUCAAACUCUUCCUCAUCCUCAUCCUCCUCCUCGUCGAACCUCUUCAACUCGGGUUUGUCGCGCGCUUUUGGCGCCCCAUUGGAGGAUGAAGAUGCCGUCUCUGGUGGUGUCACAUUUCGCAAAGCCAACGAGGACAACGAUGAUGAUGGCUCCGCUAGCAGCGAUGACAUGGAUGAGGACGAUGAUGACGAUGAUUUGGAUGACAAUGAGGAAGCUGUUUCCGAGAAGAGCACAGAGACUGGCCCCAGCAUCGAUGACAGGGACAACGAUGAUCGGCAAUUGGUGAUGGACAAGCAUUUUGUGCUCCCCAAGCGUAGCACACGCUCCUCCCGCAUCAUCAAACCGAACAAGCGACUCCUCGACUCUGGGGGCAUUAGCAGCACCAGCAAGAAGAACAUACCGGAAACUGUGUCAAGUGCCAAGACGAAGCCCAAGAACUAUUUUGGCCUCGGUGACUUUGCAGCCGAUACAGCGGCAUCCACAUCAAAGCUGGGCAAGGAAACGACGACGACGACGACGUUUUCCAGCUUUGCGGGUAUGAAGCUGAACAAUAGUUUUGUGCUGCGACAGCCGCGUUUGCAGUUCCAGGACAAAGGCGGACUGUUUGCUGGGGCAGCUGCCAAGUCGGGAUUGCUGCUGUCCACCACAUCCUCAAGUGCCAUUUCAACAGCAAACACAAUAUCCUUUGGCUCACACAACAGUGCCAAUUCAGUUGCCCCAAUGACUUGUGCCGUGUGCACGACUCCGGUGAACAACAAGGAUGCCCCGCUGGAGCGUAAAUAUGGUGUGAUUGCCUGCGAGUAUUGCUGCAAGUUCAUCUCGCGUAUGACCAAGAUCUGCAAGCUCUACACACCUGGGAUGCCCAGCCAGUUGCUGAGGUGCAAGGAUGGCGGCGGUUGCAACAUUCACUCGAAGAACUUCUCCGCAGCUUCAGCUGGGAGUUCCAAUCUCUUCAAGAAGCUUUUCAAGGCACGCUGCACAGCGUGUUGGUUGCGCAAGUGUCUCGCUGCCUUCCAGCUGCCCACGGGUCACAGAAGUCGCAUGAGUGCCAUGCUGCCAGUCAGCAUGCGAGAGGAGACAACGUCUAAGGAUGACAAAUCCCUCGAGCUGCUCUCGCCUACAGCAAGUCUACGCUUUGCAGCACCUGCGAGUUCCACAUCCUCAGUGGGCGCCACAUCGAGCACAACGAUCAAAUGGAAGACCACCGCGGAGACGACAGUGAACUCCAUCAAAUCGAAUCCGUUGGCGGAGAACAAUGUCACCUUUGGCAGCACUCCGCUGCUGCGUCCGGCUAUACUCGAAAAACCGUUGUUCCUGAAGAUCGGGAACGUGGCCAGCGGUGAUCAGAAGCCGGCCAAGGAACCGCUUGGACUCAGUCCCGUUGCCAGCACCAGCACAAGUACCAGUGAAGCAGCUGUUCCCGCGAAGGUUACACGCAAGCAGGCGAAGCAGGAGAAGCUCGAUAAGGAGAAGGAACGCGAGCGGGAACGGGAGCGGGAGAAAGAGAAGGCGAGAGAAAUGGAGAGCGAGAAGCCGCUUAGUCCUGUGACCAAAAAGGUAGCAGAGACAUCAACGACAGCGCAGGAAACGCAAAAGGAGGAACCACAAGCAACAACAACAGCUGCUUCCUCGUCGAGUGCAACGCAGUCCGCAACCAGCUCAACUCCAAGUCAGUCUGAGACUGUGGACGUGCCUGCAGCAGCUCCGGAUAGCCUGAAGCGACAGCGCAUCGAUCUGAAGGGACCAAGGGUGAAGCAUGUUUGCCGCAGUGCAUCGAUUGUACUAGGUCAACCCUUGGCCACCUUUGGCGAUGAGGAGGACGAUGAACUGGCCACCUCAGAGGCGACACCCGCAGCACCUGCAGCUGUUGAACCAACACCCGAGGUGGUCAAGAAGCCAACACCCAAGUCACCGGUGCCUGUGCAAAUGAUCAUCGAUGAGAACGACAAUUGUGCCACAUGCAAGACGCCGCCAGAGGAGCAGACAGCUGUUGCAAAGCCAGCGGAGACCAAGGCCAGCAAAUCACAUAUCCAAACAGAGGCUAAGAAGCUGGCCAGCAACUCCACUUCCACUUCUACGUCCUCCUCCUCGUCCUCGACAUCGACCAAGGGUAAGGUCACAACCCGGAAUGCGGCAGCAGCCACCGUGACAUCGUCAAGCAGCAGUUUGGUGGCCCACAAGAAGCAACGCAACCUGGAACAUAUCACGAGCACGAGCAGCACAAACGACAAGCCGACGCGUCGUGCUCUAGCCAAGGAAGUGAGUCGCCUCAAGACGCUCAUCUCGAUCGACUUCUGGGAGAAUUACGAUCCCGCCGAGGUCUGUCAAACGGGUUUCGGUCUGAUUGUCACCGAGACUGUGGCACAGCGUGCUUUGUGUUUUCUCUGCGGCUCAACGGGACUCGAUCCGCUCAUCUUCUGUGCCUGCUGCUGCGAGCCGUAUCAUCAGUAUUGUGUGCAGGACGAGUAUAAUCUGAAGCACAGCUCCUUUGAGGAUACGCUGAUGAACAGUCUGCUCGAGACGUCGAGCAAUGCCUGCGCCAUCUCAGCGGCCACGAACACGGCGUUGAAUCAACUGACGCAACGCCUUAACUGGCUGUGUCCGCGUUGCACGGUCUGCUACACGUGCAACAUGUCGUCGGGAUCGAAAGUGAAAUGCCAAAAGUGCCAGAGGAACUAUCACAGCACCUGCUUGGGUACCAGCAAACGUUUGCUCGGCGCCGAUCGUCCGCUGAUCUGUGUGAAUUGCCUCAAGUGCAAAUCCUGCGCCACCACAAAGGUGUCCAAGUUUGUGGGCAAUCUGCCGAUGUGCACCGCCUGCUUCAAGCUGCGCAAGAAGGGCAACUUCUGCCCCAUUUGCCAAAAGUGCUAUGACGACAACGACUUUGAUCUGAAGAUGAUGGAAUGCGGCGAUUGCAAUCAAUGGGUGCACUCCAAGUGCGAAGGUCUCAGUGAUGAGCAAUACAAUCUGUUAAGCACUCUCCCCGAGUCCAUUGAGUUCAUCUGCAAGAAGUGUGCUAGGCGAUGUGAAGUCUCACGCAACAAGGCCGAGGAAUGGCGUCAAGCUGUGAUGGAGGAGUUCAAAUCGAGUCUCUACAGUGUGCUCAAACUGCUCAGCAAAUCCCGUCAAGCCUGCGCUCUGCUCAAGCUCAGUCCGCGCAAGAAACUUCGCUGCACAUGCGCCGCAUCGGUCACAAACAAUGCUCAUGGGAAGACGCACAGUCAGGGAAGACUGCAACCGAAGGCGCUGCAGUUCAACUACAACGGAUUGGGAAGCGAUGGCGAGUCGCAGAACAGCGACGAUGUCUACGAGUUCAAGGAACAACACAGCAAUGCUCACAACGUGCACAACCCGAAGCCUGCGACGCCAGUUCCCUGCAGCUGUCUGCAACCGCUGGCGCAACCGCAAUCCUUCAGCCUUGUGGACAUCAAGCAAAAGAUUGCGGGCAAUGCUUAUGUGUCGCUGGCCGAGUUCAACUACGACAUGAGUCAGGUGAUACAGCAGAGCAACUGCGAUGAACUGGACAUUGCCUACAAGGAGCUGCUCAGCGAACAGUUUCCCUGGUUCCAGAAUGAGACGAAAGCCUGCACUGACGCCUUGGAGGAAGACAUGUUCGAGUCGUGUGGCUACGAGGAGCUUGAGGAUUCUCCCUCGACCUACACCGAGCAUCACACAACGUCUCAGGCGCCUCGCUCUGGAGUGCUCGACAUUCCCCUCGAUGAGGUGGAUGAUCUGGGUGCUUGUGGCCUGAAGACGCGACUCGAUUCGCGCGUCUGCCUCUUUUGCCGCAAGAGUGGCGAAGGAUUGUCCGGCGAGGAAGCGCGUUUGCUCUACUGCGGUCACGACUGUUGGGUGCACACCAAUUGUGCCAUGUGGUCCGCUGAGGUGUUCGAGGAGAUCGAUGGAUCGCUGCAGAAUGUGCAUAGCGCAGUGUCGCGAGGACGCAUGAUCAAGUGCACGGUGUGUGGCAAUCGAGGCGCCACCGUUGGCUGCAACGUCAAGGCCUGUGGCGAGCAUUAUCAUUAUCCCUGUGCGCGCAGCAUCGAUUGCGCCUUUCUCACCGACAAGUCCAUGUAUUGUCCCGCACAUGCUCGGAACGCCUUGAAAUCGAACGGUUCUCCCAGUGUCACCUACGAGUCGAACUUUGAGGUGUCGCGUCCGGUUUACGUGGAACUCGAUCGCAAGCGGAAGAAGCUCAUUGAACCGGCGAAGGUGCAGUUCCACAUUGGUUCGCUGGAGGUUCGACAACUGGGUUCGAUUGUGCCGCGUUUCUCCGACUCCUUUGAGGCAAUUGUGCCCAUCAAUUUCCUGUGCAGUCGCCUCUACUGGUCCUCUAAGGAACCCUGGAAGAUUGUCGAGUACACGGUGCGCACCACGAUCCAGAACAGUUACUCCACGACGCUGACACUCGAUGCGGGUCGCAAUUUCACCGUGGAUCACAGCAAUGCGAAUGGUUCGUUGGUGCAAUUGGGUCUAGCGCAGAUUGCGAGGUGGCACAGCAGCCUGGCACGCAGCGAUGUCUUGGAUGGCAACGACUGGGCCGAGUUCCCCAACUCGUAUGUGCCGCAAGAUGAGAACACGGAGGAGGAACCGCAGCAGAAUGCGGAUCUGUUGCCACCCGAGAUCAAGGAUGCCAUAUUUGAGGAUUUGCCACACGAACUGCUCGACGGCAUCUCCAUGCUGGACAUUUUCAUGUACGAGGAUCUCGGUGACAAGACGGAACUCUUUGCCAUGAGCGAACAGUCCAAGGAUGGCACCACAGCCAUCCCAUCGCUGGGCGCCGCUGGCGUCAGUUCGGUGAGCAUCUGCGAUGAGGAUACGCGCAACUCGAAUAGCCUAAGCAAGCAGCUGGAGCUAAGCAAUGGCUGGCCAGCCAGCAACCCAGUCGAGGAUGCCAUGUUAUCAGCAGCUCGCAGUUCCAGCCAGGCCAAAACAGCGCUCAAGAAGACAGCCACAGCUCAGACACGUUCCUGGGCCAAGCUCGAUGGCAGCAGCGUGGCAGCGUUUAAGCGUCGCAAGCUCUCUAAGAACCUGGCCGAGGGAGUGCUGCUCAGUCUGAAUCAGCGCAGCAAGAAGGAAAUGGCCACCGUGGCAGGAAUCACGCGUCGCAGCAGCGAAACCUCAACGGAUGGAGCAACGGCAGCGACUGCGAUGCGCAGCAAGAGCUUCACGUGGAGCGCAGCAAAGCGUUACUUCGAGAAGAGCGAGGGACGCGAGGAGACAACGUCCGCCAAGCUAAAGAUUAUGCAAAUGGAUGGCGUCGACGAUUCCAUCACCGAAUUCCGUAUCAUUGGCGGCGAUGGCAAUCUGUCGACUGCUCAGUUUACGGGUCAAGUGAAGUGCGAACGUUGUCAGUGCACUUAUCGCAACUACGAUUCGUUCCAGCGGCAUUUGCCCAGCUGUGAGCCGAUGUCCACCAGUGAAUCCGAAUCGGACACCGCUUCAAGUGCUGCAGCUGCUGCCCAGCUGAGUGCCGAGAGCUUGAACGAACUGCAGAAACAAGCGUUGGCUGCUGCGACUUUGAGCAAUGCCGGAGGUCUCAACUAUUUGCAGACAUCGUUUCCUCAGGUGCAAAACCUGGCCACAUUGGGACAAUUUGGAGUGCAGGGACUUCAGGGAUUGCAGCCACUCCAGUUGCAGCCUCAAUCGCUGGGCAAUGGCUUCUUCCUGUCACAGCCAAAUACAGCACCGACUACGAGCAAUGCCAACGAUGAGCUGCAGUUGUAUGCCAACUCUUUGCAGAGCUUGGCUGCCAAUCUCGGCGGUGGCUUCGCGCUGACGCAGCCCACAAUGAGUGCCACACCACAACCUCAGCUGAUAGCGCUCUCCACGAAUCCCGAUGGCACGCAGCAGUUCAUUCAGUUGCCUCAAAGCAACGGCGCUACCACGCAGCUGUUGCAGGCAACGGCGCCAACAGUGCCCCAAGCAACAACCUAUCAAACGCUGCAGGCGACCAACAGCGACAAAAAGAUUGUAUUGCCACUGCGUGGCACUGGGAAACCUCUGAAAACAGUGGCCACCAAAGCAGCGCAACAGGCCACAGCGGCAGCUAAGCAAAAACAAUUGAAAUCCGGACAUGGAGUGAAGCCGAUUCAAGCAAAGUUGCAGCCACAUCAGCAGCAGCAGCCACAACAACAGCAGCCACAGUUGAACCAUCAGCAGCAACAACCGAUCACAGUGGCAACGAAUGGUGCCACACAGCUGCUGGGGCAGAAUCUGUUGCAGCCACAGCUGCUCUUCCAGAGCAACGCGCAGCCGCAGACGCCGCAACUGUUGUUGCCACAAACGCAGACGCCGAACAUCAUUUCGUUUGUCACAGGCGACGGCAGUCAGAAUCAACCUCUGCAAUACAUUUCGAUACCCACAACGAACGACUUUAAGCCACAGCAGCCAACGGCCACGCCCACUUUCCUGACAACCACCGCCCCAGGAGCAGGCGCCACUUUCCUGCAAACGGAUGCCAGUGGCAACUUGAUGUUGACCACGGCGCCAACCAAUUCGGGACUGCAAAUGCUAACAGGUCCACUGCAAACGCAGCCUCAAGUCAUUGGCACUCUCAUUCAGCCGCAGACGUUGCAGCUGACAACCGGAGCGGAUGGCACACAGAAUGCUGCCGCUCAGCAGCCGCUGAUCUUGGGCGGAGCCACAGGAGCAGGAGCAACUGGCUUGGAGUUUGCCACAGCCACGCCUCAAGUGAUUCUUGCCACACAACCGAUGUACUACGGUCUCGAGACCAUUGUGCAGAACACAGUGAUGUCAUCGCAACAGUUUGUGUCCACUGCGAUGCCAGGUGUGCUCAGUCAGAAUGCCAGCUUCUCGGCGACAACAACUCAAGUGUUUCAGGCGAGCAAAAUCGAACCGAUUGUCGAUCUGCCCGCUGGUUAUGUGGUGCUCAACAAUGCAGUGGAUGCCAAUGGCAGUGCAGGCAGCUUUUUGAAUGCCACCAGCGUGUUGCAACAGAGUCAAACGCAGGCCACGGAGGAUGCCACCACACAACUGCUGCAGAAUGCCAGCUUCCAGUUCCAAACAACACCGAACACAACAUCCACAGCCCAGGCAACCAUGUCGGAUUAUGGAGCUCCUUUGGUGGUCACUGCCAAGAUUCCGCCUGUGACGCAAGUGAAGAGGCAAGUGAGUGCACAGAAGGCGCCUAUUUCGGUGCUGAGCAAGGUGCAGCCACAGCCACAGCAAUCGCAAGUGAUCAACAAGGUGCUGCCAACCACAACAACGCAUCCGCAGCAGCAAGCGACGCCGUCGAAGGCAAUGUCCAAUGCCAAUCAACUGAAGCUGGCGGCGCAAUUCCAGCGUCAGCAGCAGGCAGCCGAAAUGAAGCAGAAGGUGGCCACAACGGGACAAACGGGCAGCAACUGCGGUGCACCUCCGAGCAUUGCCUCGAAGCCGCUGCAGAAGAAGACCAAUUUAAUAAGGCCGAUACACAAAGUGGAAGUGAAGCCCAAGUUGAUGAAGCCAGCGCCAAAGUUGCCUGCAACAGCAGCGAACUUGCAGCAACAGCAACUGCAGCAGCAUCAACAGCAAUUGCAGCAGCAGCAACAACAAUUGCAACAGCAGCAACAGUUGCAACAGCAACAAGCAGCCGCAGCUUUGGUUAGUCAACUGCCCAAGGUAACAAUGUUGCCGCAACGGUUGCCGGCUCAACUGCAACCACAGCAGCAGCAGCAACAUCUGCAGCCACAGCAACAGCAGCAACAUCUGCAGCUGCAGCACCAGCAACAACAGCAGCUGACAACAGCACAACUGCAGCCAGCCCAACAGCCGAUCAUCAGCAUUGUGAACACCGCAGAGCCACAGGCAACGACACAGUUUGUCAUGACGCCCGCUCCACAAACACAGGCCACCGUGCAACUGUUGCAGGAGCAACCCAACCAGCAGCAGCAACCGCUGGAGCAGCAACUGUUGCUCAAUGGCAACGCGAAUGCGAAUCGAUUGCAGCAUUAUGCGAGCAACUCGCUGCCCACGAAUGUCGUCAAUCCGCUGCAGCAGCAACCACUGGCGGCAAGUGCCACCACAACGGUGGCGCCCCAAAGCAGCAUCACCAUCAACAGUCGGCCCACGAAUCGAGUGCUGCCGAUGCAACAGCGUCAAGAGCCGGCGCCACUCGACACCGAUGUUGUGGUUCAAUCUCCAACGCCACCAAAACCCAUCGAGGAGCCUUUGGCCACCGUCAGCGCCUCAAGUCAAAAGGCUGUGGUCAAAUGCUUUGCCCAACUGGAGCAAAAGUCACCCAACUACGAGCUGGAGCUGAAGAACAAUGCAUUGAUUACUCAAGCGAAUGCCAUCACCAUGCAAGUGCAACAGCAACAACACGAAGCCAACAUCUACACGGAGCCCAUCUAUGAGAAGGAAUCCGAGUCACAGCUGCAGCUGGAGAAGCCCAAAUCCAACGAUCUCAUGCUCAUGGAAGCCACAAGCUGCCAACAGCAACAACAACAACUGGAGCUGGCGGCGAAUGGUUUUCAGUUGACCAGCAACGAGAGCUCGCUGCUGGAGAAGCAUGGCUUCCAUGUGGAGGCCGUACCCAUGGACACCGAGGAUCACUAUGCGAGUCUCAAGAAUGGCAACGAAGUGCCUGAAGAGAUCGACGAAGAUGAGGAAGACGACGAUGACUUCAGUCUGAAGAUGGCCACAUCAGCGUGCAAUGAUCACGAAAUGUCUGACAGCGAAGAGCCCGCGGUUAAGGAGAAGAUUAGCAAGAUACUCGACAAUCUGACGAACGAUGAUUGCGCCGACUCCAUUGCAACGGCGACGACAGUCGAAGCAAGCGCUGGAUAUCAGCAAAUGGUCGAAGAUGUACUUGCCACAACUGGCCACGUGGCAGCCACAGAUGAUGAGGCAUUCACAGCCACAGCCGAGGAAACAGCCGCCGUUGAAGCAGCUGCCAGUUACAUCCACGAAAUGGCUGAAGCCCAUGAAUUGCAGUUGAAACAGUUGCAGGCUGGCGUUGAGCUGGAGGAUCUGAAGAAACCCAAGCUGGAUGUGACUCAGCAACAACAGCAGCAACAAACUGAGAGUGUGUCUGAAAAUGUGGUGCCCACAGCAGCAGCUCCUCAACAACCUCCGCCCAUACGUGAUCCCAAGAAGAUCAGUGGACCUCACUUGCUGUACGAGAUUCAGAGCGAGGAUGGCUUCACCUACAAGUCCAGCUCGAUAGCGGAGAUCUGGGAGAAGGUCUUCGAGGCGGUGCAAGUGGCGAGACGUGCUCACGGCCUGACUCCAUUGCCCGAGGGUCCUUUGGCCGACAUGAGUGGCGUGCAAAUGAUUGGCCUGAAGACCAAUGCACUCAAGUAUCUCAUCGAACAGCUGCCGGGCGUGGAGAAGUGUGCCAAGUAUACGCCGAAGUAUCAUAAGCGCAAUGGCAACGUGUCCACAGCAGCCGGAGUUGGACAAUUGGGCAAUGGAGCUGGUGGCAAUGCAGCUGCUUUGGCUGCGGGUGCAGAUGGACAGACGCUGAUGGAUUAUGGCUCGGAUCAGGAGGAUUUGCAAGAGAAUGCCUACGAGUGUGCUCGCUGUGAACCUUACAGCAAUCGCUCCGAGUACGAUAUGUUCAGCUGGCUGGCAUCGAGGCAUCGCAAACAGCCGAUUCAGGUGUUUGUGCAGCCUUCAGACAACGAGCUGGUGCCAAGACGCGGCACUGGCAGCAAUCUGCCCAUGGCCAUGAAGUACCGAACGCUGAAGGAGACCUACAAGGAUUACGUUGGCGUCUUCCGUUCGCACAUCCAUGGACGCGGUCUCUACUGCACCAAGGACAUUGAAGCAGGUGAAAUGGUCAUCGAAUACGCCGGAGAACUCAUACGCUCAACGCUGACGGACAAGCGAGAGCGUUAUUACGAUGGUCGCGGCAUAGGCUGUUACAUGUUCAAGAUCGACGACAACCUCGUGGUGGAUGCCACAAUGCGUGGCAAUGCGGCACGCUUCAUCAAUCACUCCUGUGAGCCGAAUUGCUACUCAAAGGUCGUCGACAUAUUAGGCCACAAGCACAUCAUAAUCUUUGCGCUGCGCCGCAUUGUGCAGGGUGAGGAACUGACCUACGAUUAUAAGUUCCCCUUCGAGGACGAGAAGAUUCCCUGUUCAUGCGGCUCAAAGCGCUGUCGCAAGUACUUAAACUAGACUAAAACAAACAACAGUAAUAAAACGCAUACUCAGCUGUUGGAAAGCAGCUAAAAGAGAGACGAAGAUAAACAGAGAGAACGAGAGAAUGGAAAAGUGAAAGCGGAACAUGUGUAGUUAACGGUUAUUUCGAUCUAAGUUUUGGUCAAUCGUGAUACAUUUUCAUUAUAGAGCAUACAAAUAAUUAAGUAGAAGUUGUAAAUGUAAGAGUUAAAACGUUGAUAUUAUAUACCACACACAUACAUAUAAUAUAUAUAUCAAGAUAUAUAUUACCCGAUUGAUAUAACCCCCUAACUGCAUAUAGUUAAGCACACCAACACAUCAACACACAAAAACACAAAACACACUCGAUGAUUUCAGUAUUCAGCGGAGAAAUAUGUAUCUAUGAUAUAAUACCAGAUAUAUAUACCAUAUAUCAGUAUAUCUUUGUAUGAAAUUCAGUAUGUUAAGGCUUGACAGAUUCUAUAUUAUAUUAACAUUAAUUACGAUCAAGAUCAACAAUAUAUAUAUAUACAUAGAGUUAUAUAUAAACCACAUAGCAUUAGCAUUAUUAGAUACGGUUCGAAAUCAAGAUUCGAUUUGAUUGCGGAUGGAUAAACAAUUUAAUGAUUAUUUACAGGGGCUUGUGUUAGUUUGUAAAUACUUAGGAAACGCUUCACACAAUAAAACAAAAGCAUUAGGUAAUUAAUUAAUUAACAAUAUAAGUGGCAACAAAUCUCUAAACAGCAAACAAUACAACAACAACAAACAAGCAGAUGAAACUAUUUUAUGGUAGAAUUAUGAGAAUUAUGCACACGCAAAAAACAAAACAAAAAAACAUUGCAAAUUGAAAUUGAGUAUUUAUGUUUGUUGCAAUUGAUCCACAACUAAACUAUUACGAACUAAAGUUAAAACAUAAUUAAACGAAUAACGGAUUAAUUAAUUAAUAUUCACUGGGCCUAAUCUAAUUAAUAUAAAAAACAAAAACCAAAAACACGCAACUAAGCAUCACCAUUUGAAAUUAUUUUGUGAACAGACAACAACACCAACAUUUUUUAUUGUUAUUGUAAAGAAAAAACAAAACCAACAAAAGCGAAAAGCGAUGAAGCAAAUGCAUAUUUAUUAUUCUAAUUA